GUCAUCUGCAGCUGCAGCGAGUCUGAGGAGCCGAGGAAGGCAGGGAAGAUGGCGAUCCUCCAUUGCUGAGACCCGGCAGAAGCACAUGAGACUCCCAAACAACUUCCACAACAAUAACCCGAGCAGGAAGAGGAGAAAGAGAAAGAGGAUAAGGAGGCGGUGGGGCUGGAGAACCCGAAGCACCUCCCGGCGCCGGGACGCUUCUUCUGUUCCUGAUGUGAGAGGGUAGCCCCCGAUCAUGGAGGUGCUUCAGUGCGAUGGCUGUGACUUCCGAGCCCCAUCUUACGAAGAUCUUAAGGCACACAUCCAGGAUGUCCACACGGCGUUCUUACAGCCGACGGAUGUUGCCGAGGACAAUGAUGACGAGCCACUAUCUGGGUCCAUGAAUGCUAGUAAUCAGACAGAGGUGGAGUUCUCUUCUAUAAAGGAUGAGUUUGUGAUUGCAGAAGAUUUACCAGGUCAAAGUGCAACUGCAUUGGGGAGCGGAGGUUACUAUGGCCACAGUCCAGGAUAUUACGGUCAGCAUAUUACCCCUAAUCCCAAACCAACCAACAAAUUUUUUCAGUGCAAGUUCUGCGUACGCUACUUCAGGUCAAAAAAUCUCCUCAUAGAACAUACUAGGAAGGUCCAUGGAGCUCAAGCUGAAGAGAGUCCCACAGGACCUCCUGUCCCAGGAUCCUUAAAUUAUAAUAUCAUGAUGCACGAAGGAUUUGGAAAGGUCUUUUCUUGCCAGUUUUGCACAUACAAAUCACCUCGGAGGGCAAGGAUAAUUAAGCAUCAGAAGAUGUACCACAAAAACAGUCUGAAGGAGUCCACAGCGCCACCACCUGCCCCUGCUCCACUGCCAGACCCUCUGGUUCCACCUGUGUCACUGCAGGACCCCUGCAAAGAACUGCCGGCAGAGGUUGUUGAGCGCAGCAUCUUAGAAUCCAUGGUCAAGCCUUUGACCAAGUCUCGAGGCAACUUUUGUUGUGAGUGGUGCAGCUACCAGACCCCCCGCAGAGAACGCUGGUGCGAUCACAUGAUGAAGAAACACCGAAGUAUGGUCAAGAUCCUUUCUAGCAUCAGGCAGCAGCAAGAAGGGACUAAUGUAGCUGAAGUGCAGAAUGAUAAUGAACCCAGCCCCACCUCCAACUCCACCUACCUGUCCAUGAAUGCUUCGAGCCGGGAGAUGCCCAACGCUAACGUCUCCAAUUUCAGGGGCUCCGUGGGCAACUCCAUCAUGAGACCUAAUUCUUCUUCAACUUCCAAGUUUUCUUCUAUGUCUUACCCUCAGAUGAAGCCGAAGUCACCUCAUAAUUCUGGCCUUGUGAACUUGACGGAGAGGUCCCGUUACGGAAUGUCUGACAUGACGAAUUCAUCCGCUGACCUGGACACUAACAGCAUGCUAAAUGACUCUAGCUCUGAUGAGGACUUAAAUGAGGUAGACAGUGAGAAUGGUUUAAGUGUUAUGGAUCACCAGGUGUCAGGACUGUCUGCAGAGCAGCUCAUGGGCUCUGAUGGCAACAAGCUGUUAGAGACCAAGGGGAUUCCAUUUCGAAGGUUCAUGAAUAGGUUCCAGUGUCCCUUUUGUCCUUUCCUCACCAUGCACCGCCGUAGCAUUUCCCGUCACAUAGAAAAUAUCCACUUAUCUGGAAAGACAGCUGUCUACAAAUGUGACGAGUGUCCGUUUACUUGUAAGAGCUCAUUAAAACUCGGGGCUCAUAAACAGUGUCACACGGGUACGUCGGAUUGGGAUACUGUGAAUUCUCAAAGCGAAAGCCUGUCUUCCUCGUUGAAUGAAGGAAUGGUAUCUUAUGAGAGCUCCAGCAUCAAUGGUAGAAAGUCGGGAGUCAUGUUGGACCCCUUACAGCAGCAGCAGCCACCACAGCCACCUCCGCCACUACCACCACCACCACCCCCACCAUCACAGCCACUGCAGCAGCCUCCACCGCCACCGCUACAGUCACCACACCAGGUGCCACCUCAGCCACAGCCACCACCAACCCAGCAGCCACAGCCACCCACACAGGUCCCACCUCUGCACCCUUACAAGUGCACCAUGUGUAGUUAUUCCACCAUGACUCUGAAAGGGCUAAGAGUCCAUCAGCAGCACAAACAUUCAUUCUGCGACAACUUGCCAAAAUUCGAGGGGCAGCCCUCGAGCCUACCACUGGAAAAUGAGACGGAUAGCCACCCCUCUUCCAGCAACACUGUGAAGAAAAGUCAGACCUCAAUUCUUGGAUUGUCCUCCAAGAAUAACUUUGUAGCUAAGGCCAAUAGGAAGCUUGCUAGUGACUUUCCUCUUGAUUUAUCACCUGUGAAGAAGAGAACAAGGAUUGACGAGAUAGCCAGCAAUUUGCAGAGCAAAAUCAACCAGACCAAACUGCAGGAAGAUGCGAUCAUCAAUGUCGAGGAUGAUGAGGAGGAAGAGGAUGACAACGAAGUCGAGAUCGAGGUUGAACUGGACAGGGAGGAGGAGGCGACGGACCCCAUCAUGGAGGUGCCCACUGCCUUUUCAGCCCAGCAGAUCUGGGCCAGAGACCCUAGUGAGUCCCAGAAGGAGCCCAACUACAGAAGUAUCACUCAUGAUUACACUGCCACCAAUGGGGCAGAGAUCGAACUCACGCUUUCCGAAGAUGAAGAGGAUUACUACGGCUCUUCAGCAAGCAUGAAAGAUCAAGUGUCCAAUGCGGCUCUGCUGAACACCCAGCCCGCGAUCUAUGGGACGGAACCCAGUAAUGAAAAUACCGAUUUUGGGGACUCUGGAAGGCUUUACUAUUGUAAACACUGUGACUUUAAUAAUAAAUCUGCCCGGAGUGUUAGCACCCACUACCAGCGAAUGCACCCAUACAUUAAGUUCAGCUUUAGGUAUAUCUUGGACCCCAAUGAUCACAGCGCAGUGUACAGGUGCCUGGAAUGCUAUAUUGACUACACCAACUUUGAAGACCUCCAACAGCAUUAUGGUGAACAUCACCCAGAGGCCAUGAAUGUACUCAACUUUGACCAUUCGGAUCUGAUCUACCGAUGUCGGUUUUGUUCCUACACUAGCCCGAAUGUCAGAAGCCUGAUGCCACAUUACCAAAGAAUGCAUCCCACGGUGAAAAUCAACAAUGCUAUGAUCUUUUCAAGCUACGUUGUAGAGCAGCAGGAAGGGCUGAAUGCUGAGUCCCAGACCCUGCGGGAGAUUUUGAAUUCAGCUCCCAAAAGCAUGGCGACGUCCACGCCUGUGGCUCGCGGUGGUGGCUUGCCAGCUACGUUUAACAAAAACACUCCUCCCAAGACCUUUACUCCAGAAUGUGAAAGCCAGAAGGACCCUUCAGUGAACACCGUUGUCGUUUACGAUUGUGAUGUUUGCUCGUUUGCGAGCCCCAACAUGCACUCUGUCUUGGUUCACUAUCAGAAGAAACACCCUGAAGAAAAGGCCUCGUACUUUAGGAUCCAGAAAACCAUGCGCAUGGUGUCUGUGGACAGAGGCUCUGCCCUUUCCCAAUUAUCAUUUGAGGUGGGUGCUCCAAUGUCUCCCAAAAUGUCCAACAUGGGUUCCCCACCCCCCCCACAGCCCCCGCCACCAGACCUCAGUAUUGAGCUUUACUACUGCAAACACUGCUCCUACAGCAAUCGGUCAGUUGUGGGGGUGCUUGUUCACUACCAGAAAAGACACCCAGAAAUAAAGGUCACUGCCAAAUAUAUCAGACAGGCUCCUCCCACAGCUGCAAUGAUGAGAGGGGCUGAAGGGCUCCAAGAUUCCCCUCGGCCUCCUGCUCCCUUGCAGCUGAACAGUUCUGAGAGAGAUUGCCCUCCUGUGGAGACUGAGAUGUUCUUUUGCCAGCACUGUGAUUAUGGGAACCGGACGGUCAAAGGCGUCCUCAUUCAUUAUCAGAAGAAGCACCGGGACUUCAAGGCCAAUGCCGAUGUGAUCAGGCAGCACACAGCCACCAUCCGAAGCCUCUGUGACCGGAACCAGAAGCCUGCCAGCUGUGUGCUUCUCCCUGCUUCCGGUAUGGAACGGGACAAAACGAAACUUCGAGCGCUCAAAUGUAGGCAGUGCUCGUAUACCUCCCCCUAUUUCUAUGCACUGAGGAAACAUAUCAAGAAAGACCACCCUGCCCUGAAGGCCACAGUCACGUCCAUCAUGCGGUGGGCAUUUCUAGAUGGCUUGAUAGAAGCUGGCUACCACUGCGAGUGGUGUAUCUACUCCCACAUGGAGCCCAGUGGUUUGCUCCUGCAUUAUCAGAGGAGGCACCCUGAGCAUUAUGUAGAUUAUACUUAUAUGGCUACCAAACUCUGGGCUGGGCCAGACCCAUCCUCUCCCACUCUUACCAUGUCAGCUGAAGCCAAAACAUACAGAUGCAGGGACUGCGUUUUUGAAGCCGUCUCCAUCUGGGACAUCACAAACCAUUACCAAGCGUUUCACCCCUGGGCCAUGAAUGGUGAUGAGUCUGUGUUGCUGGAUAUCAUCAAGGAGAAAGACGGUGUAGACAAGGCCCUCCUGGCACCUGAAGAGCUGAUAGGCCCUGUGAAUUGUGAAAAUAGUAUGCCCAACCCCCUUCCCGAGCAGGAAGCUGAGUGCCCAGAGGAUGCAAGACUUUCCCCAGAGAAAAGCAUUCAUCUGGCUUCAGCUAACCCUGCUAUAUCUUCCACCCCAUACCAGUGUACAGUGUGCCAGUCCGAGUACAACAACUUGCACGGCCUCCUCACCCAUUACGGGAAGAAGCAUCCUGGUAUGAAAGUGAAGGCUGCUGAUUUUGCCCAGGAUAUUGACAUCAACCCAGGUGCCGUCUACAAAUGCAGGCAUUGUCCGUACAUCAACACUCGCAUCCAUGGCGUCCUGACCCACUAUCAGAAGCGACACCCGGCCAUCAAGGUGACCGCUGAGGACUUUGUGCAUGACGUGGAGCAGUCAGCUGACAUAUCCCAGAAUGACGUGGAGGAGACAAGUAGGAUUUUUAAACAAGGGUAUGGUGCCUACCGGUGCAAGCUGUGUCCUUACACACACGGCACUCUGGAGAAACUCAAAAUCCACUAUGAGAAGUACCACAACCAGCCUGAGUUUGAUGUCUUUUCCCCGUCUCCUCCGAAGCUGCCAGUGUCCCUUGAGCCUGAGAUAACCACUGAAGUGAGCCCCUCCCAGGUCUCCGUGACGGAGGAGGAGGUGGGAGAGGAUCCUAUGUCCACUGCUCACUUCUCUACCUCGCAUCUGGUCUCCCACACUGUGUUCCGGUGCCAGCUCUGCAAGUACUUCUGUUCCACUAGGAAGGGCAUUGCCAGGCACUACCGGAUCAAGCACAAUAAUGUCCGUGCCCAGCCCGAGGGCAAAAACAAUCUCUUCAAGUGUGCCCUGUGUGCCUACACCAACCCCAUCCGCAAGGGACUGGCAGCCCACUACCAGAAGCGCCACGACAUUGAUGCAUAUUACACCCACUGCCUUGCGGCCUCCAGGACCAUCAGUGACAAGCCCAACAAGGUGAUCAUCCCAUCCCCACCCAAAGAUGACUCUCCUCAGCUGAGCGAGGAACUCCGGCGGGCUGUGGAGAAGAAAAAGUGCUCCUUAUGUUCCUUCCAGUCCUUCAGCAAGAAAGGCAUUGUGUCCCAUUAUAUGAAGCGCCACCCGGGGGUGUUCCCAAAGAAGCAGCAUGCCAGCAAGUUGGGGGGCUACUUCACAGCGGUCUACGCAGAUGAACACGAGAAACCCCCACUGAUGGAAGAAGAGGAGAGAAGCAGCUUUGAGAGGGCCGAGGCGGAAGGCGAAGCUCAAGACAUUGAGUGGCUCCCGUUCCGCUGCAUCAAAUGCUUCAAGCUGUCCUUCAGCACGGCGGAGUUGCUGUGCAUGCAUUACACAGACCACCACAGCAGGGACUUAAAGAGGGACUUCGUCAUCCUAGGCAGCGGCCCCCGCUUCCAGAGCUCCACCUUCCAGUGUAAGCACUGUGAUAGCAAAUUGCAAAGCAUAGCCGAGCUGACCUCACACUUGAACAUCCACAAUGAGGAAUUCCAGAAGCGUGCCAAACGCCAGGAGAGGAGGAAACAGCUUUUGAGCAAGCAGAAAUAUGCAGAUGGUGCUUUUGCAGAUUUCAAACAAGAGAGGCCUUUUGGUCACUUAGAAGAGGUGCCAAAGAUCAAGGAGAGGAAAGUGGUGGGCUACAAGUGUAAAUUCUGCGUGGAAGUGCAUCCAACGCUUCGGGCCAUCUGUAACCACCUCCGGAAACACGUCCAGUAUGGUAGCGUCCCAGCUGUGUCUGCUGCUGUGAAGCAGGAGGCUGAAGACCCUUCCCACCUGUUCCUGGAUGGAUUGGAAGCAGCCAGAGACGCCAGUGGCACACUGGUGGGCCGGGUGGAUGGUGGACACUGCUUGCUUGAUGCAAUGUUGGAGGAUGAAACCCGGCCGGGGGGAUACCAUUGCAGUCAAUGUGACCGGGUCCUGAUGUCCAUGCAGGGGCUGCGUUCUCAUGAGAGGAGCCACCUGGCCUUGGCCAUGUUUACCAGAGAGGACAAGUACAGCUGCCAGUAUUGCUCCUUUGUUUCUGCAUUCAGACACAACUUGGAUCGCCAUAUGCAGACCCAUCACGGACACCACAAACCGUUCCGCUGCAAACUCUGCUCUUUCAAGUCCUCCUACAACAGCCGGUUGAAGACGCACAUCCUCAAAGCCCAUGCUGGUGAACAUGCCUACAAGUGUUCUUGGUGCUCAUUUUCCACCAUGACAAUCAGCCAGUUGAAGGAACACUCCCUCAAGGUCCAUGGCAAAGCCCUGACCCUUCCCCGGCCACGGAUUGUCAGUCUCCUCUCCUCACAUGCCCACCCCUCCUCCCAGAAGGCCACUCCAGCCGAAGAAGUGGAAGACUCCAAUGACUCCUCUUACUCGGAGCCCCCCGAUGUUCAGCAGCAGCUGAAUCACUACCAGUCAGCCGCCCUGGCAAGAAACAAGAGCCGCGUUAGCCCUGUGCCUCCUUCUGGGACUGCUGCUGGCACGGAACAGAAGGCAGAAGCUGUUCUUCACUGCGAAUUCUGUGAAUUCUCCUCUGGCUACAUCCAGAGCAUCAGGCGCCAUUACCGGGACAAGCAUGGUGGGAAGAAGCUUUUCAAAUGCAAAGACUGCUCCUUUUACACCGGCUUUAAAUCUGCUUUUACUAUGCACGUGGAAGCUGGGCAUUCGGCGGUCCCGGAGGAAGGCCCCAAAGAUCUCCGCUGUCCUCUCUGCCUCUAUCACACCAAAUACAAACGCAACAUGAUCGACCACAUAGUGCUGCACCGAGAAGAGCGAGUUGUCCCCAUUGAAGUGUGCCGUUCCAAACUGUCAAAAUACUUGCAGGGAGUAGUUUUCCGCUGUGAUAAGUGUACCUUCACCUGCUCCAGUGACGAGAGUCUCCAGCAACACAUAGAAAAGCACAAUGAACUGAAACCGUACAAAUGCCAGCUCUGCUACUAUGAGACCAAGCACACGGAGGAACUGGACACUCACCUUCGGGAUGAGCACAAGGUCAGCCGUAACUUUGAGCUGGUUGGCCGGGUUAACUUGGAUCAGCUGGAACAGAUGAAGGAGAAGAUUGAGAGUUCCAGCAGCGAGGACGAGGACAAGGACGACGAAAUGAGCAGCAAGGCUGAGGACAGAGAGCUGAUGAGAUUUGCUGACCGGGGGCCUGGUGUGAACACAGAAAAGCGAUUUCCAUGUGAAUUCUGUGGACGGGCGUUCUCACAGGGCUCUGAGUGGGAAAGACACGUGUUGAGACACGGCAUGGCAUUGCAUGAUACCAACCAAGUGAGCAGGAACGAAAUCCAUACAAAGGAGAUGGUGGAGGAGAGUAUGCAGCUGCCCUCCAUAGAGGCCAAGGAAGACGAUGAGCCAAUUGGGAUAGACUUUCCCUUAAAGAGCGAAACAGUAACCCUCUGUGUAGUGGCUGCCGACAAAUCUCUCCUGGAGAAUGCAGAGGCCAAAAACGAAUAAGAGUUUGGUGAAAUUCUUAUCAAACCUUACUUGAACCGUGAUGAAAAUGUGGGCGGGCCGGCGUGGGCUGAAAAGGGAGGGGACAGACAGAGGAGAGAAGAAGACAGAACAAAGCUGCUUUUAGGACUGAACAAUCUAUUUUCAAAGCACUGGUACCUGUGUGAGUGAGUAUGUAAAUUAAAGUUAUUUAAAUGGUUGGAAUAUGUGGCUCCUUUCCUGUCACGACAUCCUUCCUUCCGGAUCUUCACCACGGAGAUUUUCAUCUGCUGCGGUUUGGGAAGUACCUCCCAUGGGCACGGUGGUCUCGUGACCCUCUCGGACAGUGUGUGGAAACUGAGACUCCCGGACACAGAAGACUUCUAGGGGAACAACUUUUGAGCGCACAACUUUCUGUGCGUUUUUCUAGUUUUAAUACCUUAAGCUUUUUCAAGACCUAACUGCAGCCGCUUUGGGAGAAAAAAAAUAAAUAACAAAACAGAAAACAAACAAAAAAAACUGCUUUGCAUAAAACAGUCACCUGUUUCCUAGUACCUCAGACUUAACCAAGGGAAUUCUCUGCAUUUGUCUGUACUACCUGUGGCCCUUGUGGUUAAAUGUAGAGAGAACUGCUGGACAGGAUGGUGAAUGGAGAAAAAAAAAAGAGUUUUAAAGAAAGGAACACAAAUUGUGCUUAAAAUCCCCACGUGGGUUUUAUUUCUUAAAAUACUGUGAUUUUUUUAAUUAUUUUAGUAAAAAACAAAACAAAAAAAAAAGAAACAGACUUUAAUUACUAGAUAACUGUGUGUGAAUUGUCAUCUUGUAUUCCAGGUAAGCUGUUUAUUAGUGUUCAGCUAUAAUUUAGAAUUUGGUAGGUUCAUGUGAACUAAUUUUAUGGUGAUUGUGGGAUUUCGUUGGCCACAUGUUUAUUUUUUUUCUCGAUUUGAGUGUUACAAACACAGCACAAAUUCAGUUCUUUCUUCAUAUGAGUUGUUCUCUGUGUGUUUGUUUAAUUUGAGAUCAAGGGAGAGUUAGAGGGUGUGUGUGUGUGUGUGUGUGUGUGAGAAUUUUUAUAAUUUUAAACAUGAACAUAACAAAGAGGUUAACUUCCUUUUAAAUUUGUUUUUGUGUUUUCUUUUUAAUUUAACUAAAGAACCAAACUCGGAGCACAGCUAUGCAGUGGGAGGGUGGGGGCAGACAAAGAGGUCCCGUCACCCUUUUGGGUUUUUUUUUUUUUUCUCAAAGCAACACAUUUCGUCUCCCCAACGAUUUCUGUUACAUUGGGCUGGCCUUCAUGUGUGCUGUGAACUCUAUGUUUUGUUUGCUUUGUGUAGUGUGAGGCUGUCUCAUUUCUUUGGGGAGCCAUCCCAUCCGAGAGCUUGGACAGGAGAUGCCGUCUCCUGCAGGGAGCCUGGAGAAGUGCUCUGUCUUCGCAUCUAGCUGCUCUGUUUCCCCACAGUGGCUUCGUUUAUUUUAUUUUAUUUUUUUUCCAAGAGCAGCUUAGACUGAAAGCAAGUCUACAUUUAUAGCACAUUAUGAUUGUGAAAAAGGGGUUUUGUUCCAAAAAGUGGAAAGGAACAUUCUUGAAGCUUAGGGGUGUGUGUGUGUGUGCGCGCGUGUGAGUGUGUGCGCGCACAUACGUGUGCUGGUGUUUGGGUGUAUGUGUGUGGGCAAAUAUGAGUCCUAGGUUUUGUUUCUUUUGUUGUCCUUGUUUGGGUUUUUGUUUGUUUGGUUUUUUUAACUGGGAAGGGUUGAUGGGGUAGGGGGGCGGGCCAGAAGGGAAAGAGGGUAAACUGAGGUGUCAGUGUCCCACACAGCUUCAGAGAAAGAUGUCGCAUUUGUGAAGUAAGUACGUACUUGAAAAGCAUGAUCUUGGUUUUGCUUUGUUUUUAUUUCUUAUUUUUUAUUUUUAUUUUUUUUUUUUUUUGCUAUUAAGAAUUUUUAUUUGUAGGAUGUUUAAUUUAAUUUUGUUUUUAGGGAUGGGGCCGUCAUGUGGAAACCAGAACAGGGGGAAGUGUGAAAUCUCUAGACAGAUUCUUCUGUGCCCUUACUUGCUUUUGAUUGGCCUCAUUUCAAAUGUACUAAACAGUUUUAUACCUGGACUGGAUGUCUGUGAUGGUUACCAAAAACAAACAACACAACACAACGAAAGGAAAAGAGAAAAUAAUUGUGACAUGCUUCUAUCACUCCUUUAUUUUUCAAAUAACAUGUAAAUAUUGUAAUCCAUUGGAUUUUGUUUUGCUAACCUGAUAAUAAAAAUAUGGGACCAUUAUCCUUUUAACAAGGCUAGGAUGUCAUUUUUUUUGGUUUGUUUUAUUUUUCAAACAUAUACCUGAUAUUUUGUGGCCGCACAUUUUGGACGCAUUCUGUUUUCUGUUGACUGUAAUGACAUAGAAAUUACAAAAUUUUUUGUUGUUGUUGUUUAAUUUAUACAGAGGACAUUUUUUUCCAGAGCUUGAGAGAAGAAAAUAAAUAGCAAAAUGAUAACCUAUUGACUCCAAUAAUCAGUGUUUCCUGAAACUUGAUGAAAGAUAGGGGAUCCUGACUCCUUGAAGCCAAGGGUUUAAACACAAAAAAAUAAAAAUAAAAAAAAUAAAAAUAAAAAACACAAGUAGGUUAUUCAAGUUGUUUGCAACAUACAUUUUGUAAUGAGAUGUGAGAAAUUAAUAAAGAAUUUUUUUCACAUGUA